UGGCGACUAUCCGCUUUCUUGUGUCUUCCUCUUCAAAUACUGUAUAACGGCGUCGUAUCUGCACUCCGUAUGCUUCAUAUUUGAGUUAAACACAACAUGAGGGUGGCGGGUGUAUUACCUCAAAAAAAACAAAAACAUUUUUUUUUUAAUUAAAAUCAAUCAAAACACGCUCAACUUGAUUUUUAAUAGUAAACAAACAACAUUUUACUGUCAUUGUAGCGCACAUACAACAAAAAGAAGGGUGACUAAAGUCCAAAAAAAUAUCAGAAUGAACUUUGCAAUUGUGCCAAAAGGUGCCUGCAUACAAGAUUUGCAUGAAUCAUUCCAACAGCAACUUAUUCAGCUCACCGUUUUGUUUCCCAGUAGGCUUUAAUGACAACCAAAGUUUUACAGGUGAAUCAAAAAGAGUUGCGCGGGCGUGUCAAGGGUUUCGAGAACAAAAGAGAACACACAUAACUGUGCGAGGUGGAGUCCACAUUGAGAAUCGUGUACAAACGAAGGACUUUGAAAUACCAAUGACAGGGACUGGUCUUGGCUGUGCCACAGAAAUGGCCUCCCGGUGCGGCAGUCAGGCUCAGAAGCAGCUGGAGUGUCCCUUGUGCGAGCAGGUGCUGAACGACCCCGUGACCACGCCCUGCGGCCACAACUUCUGCCAGGCCUGCCUCCAGCGCCUGUGGGACAGCGGCGAGGUUUGCCGCUGCACGGUCUGCGACAAGGCCUUCGCCACCCGGCCCGAAAUCAGCGUCAACGCCGCCUUCAAGGAGCUGGUCGACACCUUCAAGAGGAUGACGCCCGGCCCGUCGUCCUCGCCCCCGCCUGGAGACGGCGAGGUGGCGUGCGACGUGUGCGCCGCCGCCUCCCUGGCGGUGCGCGCUCUCAAGUCCUGCCUGGUGUGUCUCACUUCGUAUUGCCAGGCCCACCUGGAGGCCCACCGCAGCGUGGCCACCUUGAUGACGCACAAGUUGAUCCCGCCGUCGGCCGACCUGCGAGAGCGUCUAUGCGGGCAGCACGACAAGCUCCUGGAGAUGUUCUGUCUGGACGAGCAGCAGUGCGUGUGCCGCUUCUGCACCGAGAGCCAACACAAAGGUCACCGUGUCGUUCACAUUGACGAGGAGAGCGAAAAGAAGAAGGUCCAAAUGAAGACGACACAGGCCGACUUUGAGCAAAAGAUCCAGGAGCGACAGAACAAAGUGGAGGAAAUCCAAAAUGCUUCAAAACUCAACGUGAUCAGUGCGGCAAAUGAGAGGACGAAGAACGACCGCCUCUUCGCCCUUCUCAUCGUUUUGGCCGAGGAAAGACGAGCGGCGGUCGACGGCGAGAUCGCGGCGAGUCAGAAGGCGGCCGAGCAGAGAGCCGACGGGCUCGUGGGCGAGCUGCGCCGGGAGAUCGUCGAACUCCAGUCGAGGAACGUGGAGUUGGCGAAGCUGAUGGAAACGGAGGACCAUCUGCACCUCCUCAAGAGGUUCCCCGAGCUGACGUCGCCUCCCCCCACCAGAGAGUGGGCGGAGAUCAACGUGUACCCUGAGCACUGUGUGGGGACGUCGAGAAGGGCGCUGUCCCAACUGAUCGCCGCCAUGACGAGUGAGCUGGAGGGCCUGAAGACAGACGAAAUGAAGAGCAUGCAGAGUUAUGCAGUGGACGUGGAGCUGGACCCGGACACCGCCCAUCCCAACAUUUGUCUGUCGGCCGACGCCAAGCGCGUAUGUCGCGCUGAGCAGCUGCAGGUUGUGCCCGACAACCCUCGGCGCUUCGACCCGGUCAUCUGUGUUUUGGCAAAGAGAGGCUUCUUGUCCGGCAGGUUCUAUUUCCAGGUGGAAGUAGGGACCAAGACUUACUGGGAUGUGGGCGUGGUCAAACAGUCAGUAAACAGGAAGGGCCUGAUCACCUGUAAACCAGAGAACGGCUUCUGGACCAUGCGUCUGAGGGGCGGGUCCGAGUACCGCGCUCUGGACUCACCGUCCGUCCUUCUGACCUUCGACGUGAAGCCGCAGACCGUCGGCGUGUUCGCAGACUACGAGGAGGGGAUCGUGUCAUUCUUCGACGUGGAUGCCGAGUCUCACAUCUACACUUUCGCUGGGUGUGUCUUCGCCGAGAGACUGUUCCCAUUUUUUAGCCCUGGAGUUUGCGACGAGGGGAGGAACGCUGCACCAAUGACCAUCAUGACUGUGCACCAGCACACACUGGCCCCGACGCCACACACUGAUUAAUAAAGCAUUUGCUGAAUCACAA